CUGACUCUCUAAGAGGCGAGGAAAGCUGAAUUUAUUCUGUAAAGAGAUUUUAAAACAGCAGGAAGAUCGUUUUUUCCCUGAGAGGACGUUAUUGGAGGAUUUAAACUAAUUCGUCUGAUAAUCAGAUCGAUUAUUAAAUUGAGAAACAGCUGAGCUGUUUGUUAAAAAAAAUUAAAAAACAAGUUUAGAAAAAGAAAAAGUGACGCUUCCUGACAUCAGAGCGAGAAGGAGGUAAAAGGAGGAUCCAGACGGUACCAGUGAUUGAUUGAUUGAUUGAUUGAUUGAUUGAUUGAUUGAUCGAUUGGAGGAUGACGAUGACGAUGAUGAUGAUGAUGCGGGCCAUGCUGUGCGUGUCUCUGGUCUGCGGUUUGGCUCUGGACUCCAACACCAUCAGAUCCUCCAAAGAGACGCUGCAGAGCCACGAGCGGCCGGUGCGUCCCCAUGGCGACCCGGUGGACCCGGCUGUACAACGACAGACGGAGGCGACGUUCAACGCCAACCGUCGACCGACAUGUUCAACACCUGACUGCGACGCAUCUGCAGUCAGUGACACACAGAAGGGAGAGUGCAGUAACAGAGCUCGGAGGAGACAGUCCUCGCAGGACAGACAGGCGGACAGACAGGCGGACAGACAGCGAGACAGAGAGACAGACAGUCAGAGCGACACCGGCAGUUUCAACAGGACCAAAGCUCCAGAGAUGUCCAGCUGCGUCCGGUCCGGCGACUGUGCGGCCGGUCUGUGCUGCGUCCGUUACCUGACCGGUAAACGCUGCCAGCGGAUCCCAGAGGAGGGCGAGGCCUGUCUGCUCAGAGGCUCCAAGAUGAGGAGGAACCUGGGACGCUGCGACUGUGGCGAGGGGCUGACCUGCACCGCCGCCAGCCGGGCGGAGCUCAGCAAAGCCAAAGGCCAGGGGGUGUGUCUCCCGAACCAGGAGCAGGGGAGAACAAGGCAUUCUGGGAAGACAAGGAGGACGGCAGAGAGCAGCUGCUGACACAUUUAUUAUAAACUUUGUAGCAUUUGUACACUUUAAUUUAAACCUUAUUUACGUCUGUAGCAACGUGAUUUAGAUGUUUGAAACUCGUGCAGCACUGGAAGAAGUGCAGUAAAAAUACUGCAUGAAAAAUCCUACUACAGUAAAAGUACAUAAG